AUGCGGAGGUGUCUUUCGUGGAAGCCAACGCCGAUCGGUUGGACGUCCGUCCGCCGAUAUUCCUGCUCGCCCGGUCUCUCAGCACCAGCUCGAGACAGCCACUCCAUCCACAUCGCCAGUGAACAGCUUUGCGGUCAGAAGCCUAGAGAUACUCGCCGUGAAAAUUGCAGAGUGCUAACCGCUUUCUUAGACGAUAUACUCGAGAGACUCGCUCCCAGCUUCUCCAGCAAUGGCCCCAUCGAUAUCAUCGACCUUUACCCCGGCACCGGCCUCUUCUCAACGAAAAUCAACACGCUCCUCAGCCCGCGACGCCAUAUCCUCCUUGAACCGCACGAGAAGACAUAUCUCCCCCAUUUAAAACCCCUGCUAGAACGCAGUUCACGCUACACGCUUCUACCAUGGGACCCUCUCGAUGAGAACUCGAUUAACAAGCUGUUCUCACCCGAACACCUCCCCGAGCAACUCCAGCGCGAUCUGGGCCCCAAGGGAGCGUGCCAGGCCAAUCCCUCUUUGCUAGUGCUGGCAAACCUGACACGCCACCGACGGAACUAUGCGACGAGGAGCAUAACUUUCUUCCGACAUCUGGAAACCUGUCUUGAUCAAACGCUCUUCCACCAGUUUGGUCUGGUGCGGAUGAUCACCAUGUUCGCCGAAAAAGACGCCAGGACACUACUACCUAGAGCCCUGUUCAACCGGAGGAGAUGGGCGGUACUGUCGGAGGCAGUGGGGUCGGAGCUGGUUCAACUCACGGGAGACACUCUUGAAAGCAACAAUGCUGCCAUAAAAGGAGGCCCCUGUUGGGAGCAAUCCGUGGAAGAAACUGCUGCGCGCGCGAAAGCAGCAGGCAUCUUAACUGCUUCGUCCCGGCAGCCAGAGCCAAUAGAAAAGGCACCUGCGCCAUUGAUGAUAAGAAAGAGACCUAUAACCGUUUACGACCGGCCCAAGCAGGACUGGCACGACAAGUAUCUCGAAUACUAUGAAGAAUGGCGACAACAUAAGGAAGCCAAUCCUAAAUCCACAAGAGUCCCGGACCCUGAAAAGGCCAAACGCUUCACCCUUUAUCGAAAGCGGCUCUUCCUCGAAAAUAGACAGGUGCCGAUAAUCGAACAAGCCGCCAGCAAAAACCUCGCCAUAGACUCCAUCCGCUCCCAACUCCGCACCAUCAUGGACAAUGGCAGACCAUAUCCCGCCCGCACCACCGCCCUCGUCUCCCAGCUGGACGCCCUGGUCUCCGAGCGCCAGGAGCUCUACUCCCAACUGACCCCCCUGGCCCAAUCCCACGCCAUCCAACGCUACCAGGAAUCCCAAAACCUCACCAACCCCAACCGCACCGCCCGCCUCCUCUUCUGGGACCGCCGCCCCUACGAGCCCCUCCGCGUCCAACCCACAGAAUUCCACCCCCAGACCCCCUGCGCCCUGCUCGACUUCCACCCCAACCCGUCCUCCCCCAUGCUCCACACCCUUCAGCAACACAUCGCCGCCCACAAACCCCGCGACGCCUACCUCAACAUCAUCACCGUCUUCCAGCACCUCCUCCGCGCCAUCUCCCGUGGCACCGCCAAAGCCGUCGACCGCACCCUCCUCCGCCCCUUCUUCCCCGGCCGCUCCGUGCCCGAGCUCGUCCGCGCCAUACCCUCCCUGCGCCGCUUCGCCAUUGUGAAUGCGUCGUAUUGCGGCGAGCGCUUGCCGGAGAAUCUGCAGCUGGAGUACGGUGAGGAUUGUCUGUCGGAGACGCUGGUGAGGGUCUUGCCGGCUGAGGUGUUGUGGGAUAUCGCGCUGGAGUGGGAUCGGUGGCCGAUGAAGCCUGUGGAUGCGCGGGAUCUGUGGAAGCUGGUGGGAGGACAUCGGUUGAACGAAUUGGAGUCAACGUUUACGUCGGGCAGGGCUUGA